UCGCUGUAAGAUGGCCGGGCGGGGCGCCGCCAUCCCUGCGCAGCUAGCGGGGAGCGCCCGCCCCACGGGCUCCCCCAUGGCGGCGGCCCCCGUGGGGGGGGAGGCGGGGGGUAGGGAUAGGGCCCCGCGCCCCGUGCCCACUGUCCAGAGAGAAGAAUAUAAUGAGCAGAGCUCACUGUGACUUGGAACAGUGUGCGCAAGAGCCAGAGAAAUGGAAACAAAAGAACAUGGAUUGAAAUGACGAGACUAAGGAAAAUAGAGGACGAGAAAUGGAAACGGCAGAGUCAAUCAGAAUAACUUCAUGGGUGGUACAUUGGAUGAGGCGACGAGAAAAGAUCUUUUCACAGACACCUUCUGUAAAGUGUGCGGGGCUGUGCUGCAGUUUGAGUCACAAAGAAUUUCACAUUACGAGGGCAAAAAGCAUGCUCAGAAAGUUCGCCUUUAUUUUCAAAUGCGCAGUGAGCAAGAUGACGGACAAGAACCUGGCAAACAGAAGAGACCAGAUUGUGUGACCUUUCAGGUGGAUGGGAGUGGAGUAGUGGACAAAAACAAAUAUUGCAAUCUUUGCAACAUGAUUUUUACUUCUCCAGUUGUUGCUCAGUCUCAUUACCUGGGGAAAAUACAUGCCAAAAAGCUGAAGCAAUUAUCAGGAGACCAACCUCAAGUGCCUGCACAGAGCACUCAACCACAAACAGGUUCCCCCGCUGGUCCUUCUACAUCUCUGGCACUCCAGCAGCCCUCCGCUGAGAAGCCCUCCCAGGAUCCUAAUGUUGAAGAGUCCACAUCAUCCUCUAGCAUUGCUUUGGAUUUAAAUGAUCCAGACAAGUAUUGCAAGCUCUGCUCAGCUCCCUUCAAUAAUCCAUUGAUGGCCCAUCAACAUUAUGUUGGCAAGAAGCACAAAAGGAACGAAGCCCGGAAGAAGAUGAUGGCGGAGAUGGGAGAGGAAGCUGUUCCUGCGGAAUCCAGUGCAAAUGCAGUUGGAGUUGGUAACUACAUAUGUCCUAUAUGUAACAUCACUCUUACGUCUAUAGAAAUGUACCAGUCCCACAUGCAAGGAAAUAAACAUCAGAUUAAAGAAACCAUGGUUGUCAACCUCAUAAAGAAUUCCAAGAAAACAUACGACUCCUUUCAAGAUGAAUUAGAAGAUUACAUUAAAGUGCAAAAAGCUAGAGGACUAGAACCAAAAACAUAUUUCAGAAAAGCAGAGGAGGAAGAGUUUGAAAACUACGAGUUAGAAGCAGUAAAUGAUUGUGAUGAUAUUGUAUCUUCCAAUGUUACAUUGGAACAAGGACAGCAUUCCAUCCUCUUCUCAGAAACCUAUAUGUCAUCACAUGCUGUUGAAAACAGAUCGCUGUGCUGGUCACCAGCUCAUGAGAAUAGGCUAAGACUAGAAAACAUGGCUAAAGGUCAUGACAGCAAGGAAUAUUAUUCAGAAAUGCAAACACCUCAGGUGACCCCUUUCAAAGAUGACAGCUAUGGCCUAUCAUCUGCAGAAUCCAGUGACUGCUACAAACACAUCUCUUCUGAUAAUAGCACCCGCUCCUAUAGGAAAGGCCGAAAGCUUCGAAGGAAACAUGAAGAGGGGGAAAGACACACUGGGGAAGGAGAAGAGAAACACAACAAAGAAGCCACAAUGCAGAAGAAAAAGGAAAACAGUGAAGAGACAGAUUCUGGAAAGGACAGUGAAAUGCAAAAGCGAAGAAAGAUUGAUACAGAUUCAACUCACGAGAAAAAAUCAAAGCACAGUAAAGACAAAAGAAUUAAAGAAAUACCCACUGAGAAGGAGAGUAGAAAGCAUAAAAAGGAUAAAAGGAAACCACAGCCUGAUGGAAAAACAGAAGAAGAGAUACUUUGGGAUGAAUCGAUCCUGGGAUUCUAAUAGAGGUUUUGAUUAACUUUAUGAAGUCGGUAUUUUUUGUAGUCUCUCUUAACCAUGGGGUGUACUAUGUUAUGACUCAAUAAUUUUUGUCCCACUCUGUGGAAGCGAGAAAAAGCCUGACUUCUGAAACUAUUGGGUAGUAGAAAGUCUUAAAAACAAACAGAGAACGAUUCCUUCUAGAGAAGGUUCAACCUACAGCUAAAAGAAAAAUGAACUCACUUUGGCAGUCACUCUUGUCAGAUCAAAAGUUGGGCUGAAACGCCAUCUGAUAAAUUUUCAAUAAAUGCAGGAGCGUCUUCAUUUCAGAGAGUUACAGGAAAAGCACGUAACCAGCUUUGCUGCUGUUCCAUGACGAGCUGCACGUGAUAAACUGCAGCAGCAAGUUAGGCCUAAAUUCUCGACUUGUGAUUUUGGGGUGUCAAACUUGGAGACCUCUUAAAGGGCCCUGAUUUUCAGAGAAUGCCGAGGACUUGCUCUCUCAAAAUCAGGCUCCAUUAAGGUGUCUCAAGUUGAGCACCCAGAAUCACUACUUGCUUUUGGAACACGUAGAGCUUCGUGCGCCAGCUCUUUCACCUCUAGAGAUAUGGUUGUGUCCCAAGUCAAACUGAACUGGCUGGUCUCAUCUUAGAAUGUGAAAUUCUCUGCUGCACAAACAGGCCGCCUCCUCUAAAGAGGGAAAGGAGGGAGUAUUGCGUGUCAGGACUGAAGUAAUGGGCAGACCCAUGCUGUGAAACUUGCACCAGGCCUUUCUGCUCAUGCAUAGUGCUUUCCUGUGCCUGCCUAGCCCGCUCUCAACUUCAACACCAUUUUUAAUCAGUGUGCUUAACAAGUCACCUGCCACACGAUCCCCUCCACAUACAGCCACACUGGUGGUGGCUUCAUUCACAUUAUCUCAUUAAGGCCCCACUCCCACAAGGUACUGAGUGACUACAAUCCUGCCUGAAGUCUUCACCCAAGUACAGGACUACUCCAACAAGAGAUUAGCAGAUGAAAGAAAACAAUCUCUCAUCCUAAGGAAAGAGGAGAGCUCUGGGCAGACCUCACACAUCAACCACACUCCUCUCUCUCUCUCUCUGCUGUCUCCUCAGCCGUUCCUGUGGCAAAGGUGUUAUGUAGGCUAACACGUGCAAAGCUAUACACACAGUGUGCAGCUUGGCUGUAAGGAGUGGGUGCUUGCAAGGCAUCAGUGGGCCUAUGAAAAUGAGCUUCCCACCACUUGCUGUGCUAUGCUUGCUGGCUUGGUUUGUCGCAUUCAACAUUGAAUAAUGCUGGUGCCUGCCUAUGGAGGUAUGGUGUACAGAGCAGAGAAACAACACAGGGGAGAGGCUAUCUCAGCAUCCCAGAUGAGUUGCCCAACUUUCUACCUAAUUCUUCUGAGAACGUUAAUCCAGAUGAUCUCAUUGGUCCACCAAGCAACAACCCUCUUUCCAGUCCCUAGUUGAGACUCACUUCUUCAGUUGUGCCCUCAAGAAAUGAGCAAACAAUUAUAUCUACGGUACUCCGGGGGAAGUUCUGUGCCAAAAAUUUAAAAAUUAUUUUAAAAGUCUGCAUAUUUUAUUUGUCAAAAUAACACAAUAUAAUCCCACCAGUUGCAAUUAUUUUUGGUCAUUUAUUUCAAAAUACCAGUCAGCAAGU